AAUUUUGUAGGGGCUGUUGCUUUGCAAUCGAUAUGUAGGCGAUUGGAACACAGCGGGUAAGACACCGGUCAGCCCAAGGACACUGUGUCCGCUUCGUGCUUUCUAUGAAAAAAAGCAGAGUUGGCCUGAGGAUGUUGCGUCCUUGUGAUACAGCUGUGCAAAGUAAAACAAGUAAUGAAUCAGUCAUGAAUAUACCUUAGAACAAAGGAUCUGCACAUCUGGAAAUGUAGGGUUUGAUAUAUGAGCACACGUACUGCUUAUAAAAAUACCUUUUUUUGUAUCUACUAAUGAUUAUGCUUUAAACCACAAAAAUGUAUUGCAUGGACCAAUUAGAAAUCGACAUGUAAUCCUGUAAUAGUAUAAAAAGCCUUCUGAUUUGUGUAUUAAACGUCUUACAUUUACAAUCCAUAUUGGAUUCUGUAAGUCCAUUUCCUCAACUUUGGGAACAGUCAGCAUGCUAACAGCGCCUAACAGCGACAUCUGGUGACCCCCGACGUGAUCAGCAAGAGACCUGAUACCCGGGAAGAGAGCUGAGCUGACUGCAAAGCGGGGAAAAAGAAAAGAAAUUCCGCGGCGGCUGCGGCCGGACGUCCGAGAGAGGCGUGAGUGGUACCACGGAUUUUCGACUCAGCAGGUGAGUCGGCUGCCUUGAGCAGGGAAAAGGCGCGGAAUGGGGAAUACGGCCCCGGGAAUAGAAAAAGCUUCUGUUGAAGCCUUGUUGAAAUUUGGACAGAAAGCUGGAGACCCGCUGGAUCGGGCUCUAGUGACAGAUUUGUUGUCUUGGGCACGCCGUAGAGGCUUACUCAAGGAAACUGCACAAGUUUUUAAAGACGAGACGUGGAAGCAUAUAGGGGAGGAAAUAUGGGAAUCUGUCCAGACUGAUAAUAAAGAAGCAAAAAGACUUGCUUCAACCUAUCGACAGAUCAGUCUCUUAGUACAAAAAAUAGGAGCGGAGGCAGAAGUUGAAGCAAUAAUUCAGACCAUCUUGAAAGACGCUAAAAAUAAAGUAACAUCGGGAUCGGGGGCGGAGACAAAAACUGCCGCGGAGACAAAAACUGAGAUAAAAACUGAGACGAAAACUGUUUGCCCUGCUACCCAAGGUCCUUACGAUUAUCUCAUUCCUGAUUGGGACCCCGAUAAGGGAGCGGGAGGUUCACAAGUCCCCGAGCCUAUGGAAGUGGGACAAGCGGUACCAUCAGCUCCGCAAAUAGAUCCUGCAACUGUCCCUCUGCCUCCUGAGGAAGAGGAGUUAAAGACUCUUUUACAUGAGCAGGCAGAUGCAAUGACUAAACUAUUGAAUGAGAUGCAACGGUUGGAUAAAGGUUCCAAAUCAAGGGUGGUUAAAGAGAGUUAUCGCAAGGCACAUAAGUCUAUUGUUGAAGGUCUGAAAAAUAUUGAGAAACAAUUAACAAAGAUUGAGUCUGGUAAUUGUGUUCACCCUGCUGCUGUUACUGAAGAGAAAAAUACAGAUGGUAAAAUGUCAGUGGAAAGGGUUCGUCAACGGGUGUUACAAAGUAUCAGAGAUGGUGAAAUGGACAUAGAGGAGGGCGAUUGGUAUUUGCGGUCUAAGUAUGGUUCAGAAGCGAGACUGUCUGCGGAGGAUAAGAGAAAGCUUGCAGAUUGGUUUGCAUUGUAUCCUCAGUAUAAAAGGAAAGAGGAUUCAGCAAGUGGAAUGGUGGAUGAUGUCUGGAAGUGGUGGAGAGGGAAAGCGAAUGAGGAAAAGUCAAAGGAGACUCCUAAACAGAGAAAUUCUGAUUACAUCCCAAAAGAUCCCAACUUUGACAUGUCAAACCGGUGGAAGGGAGUUGUAACCAAUGCUGAAAUUACUGGGGAUUUUCAGUUUACAGCUGCACCAGUAACUAUUGAUAAUAAUGGACAGAGAAACUGGCAGCCUAUAGAUUGGACCACAGUUGCCAAAAUACAGAAAGCAAUUUUAGAUUAUGGAAUAGACAAUCGACUGGUCAGAAGACAGAUGGAAACAUUUAUAAAACAUCAGACACUAAUACCCACAGACAUUAAACAUCUGUUUGAACUGAUGCUGGGACCUACGAGUUAUAUGAUGUUUGUUAACAAGUGGCAGGAAAGAUUAGAGCAGAAACAGCUUGAUAACUUGACACUGCCGCACGGAGAUCCCUUACGGGUGGCCUCCCUAGAGCAAUUAAUGGGGAACGGUCAGUACGUUGACCCACAGCGGCAAGCUGCGCUAGACUUGCGAAUUCUGGCUCAAAGCAAAGUGGCUGCCCUUGAAGCUUUCGCCAGUUUGCCACAGGUCGGCACUCCAAAACAACCAUACUUGCAAAUUAAACAGAAAGAUAAUGAGUCAUUUAUGGCAUUUGUUGACAGAAUUACAGAAGGUGUUGAAAUGGCACCUGACAUUCCAGCCAACAUGAAAGAGACAUUGGUAAAAGAGAUUGCUAUGCAAAAUGCCAAUGCUGCAUGUCGGAGGUUAAUUGCCACUUUACCCCCUGCUGCUUCUUUACUGCAAAUGGUAGAACAAUGUUCUCGAGCCCCGAUGGAAGAAGAGAAGGAAAAGGCUCGAAUUCAUGCCUCUGCAUUAGCAGCUGCAUUGUCCAAAUGCUCGCCACAAGGAAAGGGGGACAAGGGCUCAAAUCCUGUAUGUUUUAAAUGUGGACAGACGGGACAUUUUAAAAAGCAUUGUCCUACAAUUAAGGCUGUUACUAACCAAGUAUCGUCGAUGAGUUCUCCAUUCGCAGGAACCUGCAACAAGUGUGACAAGUUCGGACACAGAGCGUCAGACUGCAAAUCCCGAUUUAAGAAGGAUGGAACACCUCUUGUGCCCCAGCAGGGAAACGGGGGAGGCCGCGUGGGGGGCGCGGCUCAGACCUCAUCUUAAGCGACCGGACCCCCCACAACGGAGGCUGCCUCGACGAUCUACUCGCCGCCACCAGAGGAAGCGCUGGCCUCGAUUUGGUCGUAAGUGAAACAAUAACAAUCACAACACAGGAGGUUACACUAAUCCCUACUACCAGUAAAGGACCAUUAGGGUAUGGACUUUCUGCCUUGCUAAUAGGAAGAUCUUCAGCUACAAGAACUGGAAUUUUUGUACAACCAGGAUUAAUCGAUAGUGACUUCACAGGAGUUAUUCACAUUAUGGUUAAUGUUUUUACACCACCAAUUACCAUUCCAAAAGGCAGUAAGAUAGCACAAUUGAUUCCUUUCAAAGCCUGUGUACCACAUUCAACACCUAAAAUCAGAGGAACAGGAGGGUUUGGGUCUACAGAGCCACUAAUAGCUUUCUCUGAGGUGAUAACUAACAACAAACCUACACGUUCUGUUACCAUUAUCCAUCCCGACACUCAGAUCACCCCUAAAACCAUUACAGCUGAGAUGAUGAUUGACACGGGUGCAGAUGUCACUAUAGUGCCAGCUGCAUAUUGGCCAAAAGCGUGGCCAAUUGUAAAUUCAUCUGAGAAGGUUUUGGGAAUAGCAGGACUAGCAGAAAUGAGAAAAAGUGCUGUGUUAUUGGACAUCAAAGACAAUGAGGGGAACAUUGCAAAAGUAACACCUGUAAUCAUGAACACACCCUUAUGGUUGCUAGGUCGAGAUGUACUCUCCCAAUGGCAACUUGUUUUGUCUACUCCUUUUCCAUAGCGGCCACUGACAAAGGUGCUCUUCCCACUAUUAAGCUGACUUGGAAAACUGAUAAGCCUGUGUGGGUUGAUCAGUGGCCGCUCACUGAUGAAAAAUUGGAGCACCUGAACCAGCUUGUGGAUGAACAAUUAGAGAAAGGCCAUAUAAAAGAAUCUUUUAGUCCUUGGAACACUCCAGUUUUUGUUAUACAGAAAAAAUCAGGAAAAUGGCGAUUUUUGCACGAUCUUCGUGCUGUUAAUGAGCAAAUGACGCCAAUGGGAGCGUUACAACCAGGCCUACCUUCUCCAGCUGCAAUACCUGUUAAUUGGGCUGUCUACAUUAUUGAUCUUAAGGAUUGUUUCUUUAGUAUUCCACUCGAUCCUGCUGAUACUCAACGAUUUGCCUUUAGUAUACCAUCAAAGAAUAACAGUGCCCCCAUGAGAAGAUUUGAAUGGAUAGUUCUGCCACAGGGAAUGCGUAAUAGCCCAACCAUAUGUCAAUGGUAUGUUAACCAAGCAUUACAAAAUUGGAAGAGUUCACACCCUACAUACGUGGUAUUACAUUAUAUGGAUGAUAUCUUGAUUGCUUCUCCCAUUCCCUUAACAGAAACUGAAAAGACUACAUUAUCACAGACUCUUAAGCACUGGGGAUUGACAAUUGCAAAAGAUAAGAUUCAGGCCCAAGAACCAUGGAAUUAUCUAGGACUGAUAGUGACAGAAAGCAGAAUCAGACCUCAAAAAAUUACACUACAUGUGAAAAUAGAAACAGUGAACGAUGUCCAAAAAUUAUUAGGAGAAUUGCAAUGGAUCAGACAAUGGAUAGGGAUUACUAAUAAAGAUCUUGAACCCCUUAGAGAGUUGCUAAAAGGAUCAAAACAUCCAGCAGAACCUAGAGUUUUGCAAAACCAGCACUAUGAGGCACUUGAAAAAAUUAAUAACAAAAUAGCUGAAUUACAAGCAUAUCGUUACAAUACUGCCUUGCCAAUCAAUGUUUAUUUAUGCCAACAAGACAAUGAUUACUAUUUGGCAAUAGGACAGGAACAGGAUCAGAAGACAUUCCUACUAUUGGAGUGGUUAUUUCCAAAAAGUCAGCCUCAUGCAUCACUGUUACACAAACUUGACCUUGUUGGUUCCUUGCUGUUAAAGGCAAAACGUAGAGUACGUCAUGUUUUUGGGGUAGAAGUAACUAAGAUUGUGUUACCAUUUGCAAUGAAAUCAGUGGUAGAAGAAUGGUGUAACAUGUCAUAUUCUUUUGCUACUGCAGUGAUUGCUACAUCUAUUGAUAAUCAUUAUCCUGCAUUUCCUCUAUUUGGUACUCAAUUGAUGUUAAACCAGAAAGCACUGAAAUGUGAACAACCUAUUGAAAAUGGUGCUACAGUUUUUACUGAUGCUUCUGGGAAAACACACAAAUAUGGCUAUGCUAAAUGGUGUGACACUUCCAAACAAUGGAAGACUGUAGUGAAAGAACUAGAAGGAGUUUCCGUUCAAUGCCUUGAACUCAAAGCAGUAACAAUGGUGUUUGAAGACUUUGUAAAUAUCCCUGUAAAUAUUAUUACUGAUUCUAUGUAUGUAGCUUCUGUUGUGAAUCGAGUAGAGGAGUCAAUUAUUGGACACAUUUCUAACAAGGUUAUUGAAGCUGUGAUUAUUCAAUUGUUGAAUUUGAUUCUAAACAGAAAAUGUUUAUAUUUUUGUACUCAUAUUCGUAGUCAUACUAACUUGCCUGGAUUCUUGUCAGAAGGAAACGCGAAAGCCGAUGAGGUGGUGAGUGCUGGAGCCCAGCAAAAUGAUACUGAUGAACCUUCUGUUUCUGUCAAAUCAGCCACUCAGGCAAUUAAGCAAGCACAAGUAAGUCAUGCAUUCUUUCACCAAUCUGCAAAAAGUUUGUCUAAGGAAUUCUCUAUAUCUCUGCAAACUGCUCGUGGCAUUAUUGCCUCGUGUCCUGAUUGUGCCAAGGUCUCACCCCUACAAUCAGAAGGCACUAAUCCUAGGGGGACUGAGGCAAGAGAGUUAUUUCAAACAGACAUUACAAUUGUUCCGUCAUUUGGACGUCUAAAAUAUGUUCAUGUCACAGUAGAUACAUAUAGUUCAGCCUUGUGGGCAUCUGCCAUGACAUCAUCGGGGGCGUCAGCAACGUGUCGACAUUGGAGAAUGGCAUUUGCUGUAUUAGGAAACCCCCAAACAAUUAAGACAGACAAUGGUCCAAAUUAUAAAAGCCAAAUUGUUGAAGCGUUUCUUUCAGCCUGGAAUAUCAAACAUUUAUUUGGAAUUCCUUACAAUAGUACAGGACAGGCAAUUGUUGAAAGAAAGCAUUCUGAUCUCAAACGAUAUAUUGCCAUUUUUCAAAGACAGGGGGAGUUUUCCCAUUCCCACUCCCCCCACGAUAUUCUUUCAAAGGCCAUUUAUGUUUUAAAUUGGAAACUCUGGUCACAAAAGUCGAAUCAAGAAGUUGGGUCAACCCCUAUCUUUAGACAUUUUACUCAAAACAAUCCUUUAAAAGAAACACACGUUUCUGUGCAAGUUUGGGACCCCUCAUCAGCCACCUGGAAUGGACCAUGGAGAUUAAUAACUUGGGGUCGUGGAUAUGCUUGUGUCAUUACAGAGGACGGAGAGCGGUGGUUGCCAGCCAAGUGGGUGCGACCCUGGCUACAUGCUGAAACCAAGGAAAACAAGGAGGAUGAUCAAACGGCGAUAGAAGAAAUUGCUGACUUAGAAGCUGCACACAACGUCACCAGAGACAACUGAUCUGAGACCCUGCAUCUUCCGAUGUCUAUCCUGGCAGAUGCAUCGGAUCGCUGCUACAGUGUUUGAAAAGAAAGGGGGAGAUGUGGGGAAUUUUGUAGGGGCUGUUGCUUUGCAAUCGAUAUGUAGGCGAUUGGAACACAGCGGGUAAGACACCGGUCAGCCCAAGGACACUGUGUCCGCUUCGUGCUUUCUAUGAAAAAAAAGCAGAGUUGGCCUGAGGAUGUUGCGUCCUUGUGAUACAGCUGUGCAAAGUAAAACAAGUAAUGAAUCAGUCAUGAAUAUACCUUAGAACAAAGGAUCUGCACAUCUGGAAAUGUAGGGUUUGAUAUAUGAGCACACGUACUGCUUAUAAAAAUACCUUUUUUGUAUCUACUAAUGAUUAUGCUUUAAACCACAAAAAUGUAUUGCAUGGACCAAUUAGAAAUCGACAUGUAAUCCUGUAAUAGUAUAAAAAGCCUUCUGAUUUGUGUAUUAAACGUCUUACAUUUACAAUCCA